AUGAAGCGAGUAACCCUGGAACUUGGCGGCAAGUCACCAGCUAUUGUUUUCAGUGACGCACCGCUCGAGGCUGCGGUUGGAGGCGUGGGACAGGGUUUCCUCGUCAACUCUGGGCAGAUUUGCGUAGCGGCAUCCCGGGUCCUCGUCCAGGAGGACAUUGCGCCCAAAUCUGAAGAGGCCCUCAAGCAACAGUUCGAAUCAGUUUCGGCUGGGAUGGGCCCUAACCCACUCGAGCCAACUACCAUGCAUGGUCCUGUAGUCGACAAGGACCCAGACGAUGCUCAAUUACUUACAGUCUGGAACGAGGAGAUCUUCGGUCCGGUCAUGAGCGUCAAAACGUUCAAGACGGAAGAGGAGGCCAUUGAGUUGGUGCAUGAGUCGACCUAUGGGCUGACAUCGCCAAUCUACGCCACAUCCCUCACGCGUGGCCUACGUGUCGCAUCCGCACUCGAAACCGGCGGUGUCUCCAUUAACAGCCUGUUCGUGCCUGAGAUCCAAUCCCCCUUUGGCGGCGUCAAGCAAUCCGGCACCGGCCGGGAGCUGGGCAAAGAAGGGCUCAAGGUAUACCUCGAGCCGAAGCAGAUUAACAUUAAGUAA